AGUUCCCGCGGUGCUUCCAUCAUGGCAGACGAGAUAGGCCGAAUCUAGCAGACGAAUACUGGAUCAGAUGAACCCCCACCGACUAAACCCUAGACCUGGAGCAUGAGGCUGAUCCCAACACAGACCCAGAUGAGGCUGAUCCCAACACAGACCCAGAUGAGGCUGACCCCGUUAAAGGUCGCCUUUCUACUGGGGUCAGUGCUAGCCUUGGUCAUCUGGUGUUGUGGCGGCUGGCGAAGUGGCUGGUGGAACCUCGGUGUUAUCAAAGCUCUACCAGAAUCAGACAACAAGACGAAAGGGCUACUCUUCUUACACUUCCCUGACUACUAUGGGAUCGAAACCAUCCUAGGCACAGCUUUCUUCAGCAGCUGUGCUAAAAAAUGUUACAUAACCACCAACUCCAGCAGACUUGACGACGCCGACGCCGUUCUCUUCUACUCCCACCACCAGCAGCAACACACCCCCCUGGAUCCCGCCAAAAAAAACCCGAACCAAAAGUGGAUUUUCUUCGCGUCAGAGAGCCCGGCCAACUCCCACCCCCUCAACAUCUCCACCCCCGCCUGGCGGUGUAAGUUCGACUGGACCAUGACCUACAGGUACGACUCGGAUUUCUUCCACGGCUACGGCCGGUUGUCCAGACGUUACGUGCCCGCGUCAUUUGAACAGAAGACCGCAGACGUGAAAAAAUGGAAAGAAAAUUUCCGCACCAAAACUCGCCUCGUGGCUUGGUUUGUCAGUAAUUGUAAGACGGAGAGUUUCCGGGAGAAGUAUGUGGAGCAGUUGUCGAGGUACAUUCCUGUGGAUGUGUACGGUAACUGUGGGAGCCUGAAGUGUGAGGACAGGAGGAGGUGUCUGGAGAUGCUCACCCACAGGUACAAGUUCUACCUGGCCUUUGAGAAUAGCCUGUGUACGGAUUACGUCACGGAGAAGCUGUUCAAUGUUUUCAAACUCAACUCGGUCGUUCCCGUCGUGAGGGGUGGGGCUGACUACAGAAAACAUUUCCCCCCGGGGUCGGUCAUUGACACCAACGACUUCCCGUCCCCGGAGAGGCUGGCCUCGUUUCUAAAGCAUUUGGCUCAGAACGAGAGUGCUUAUGUGGAAAAGCUCCAGUGGUCCUGGGAUUAUCAAGUCCUGGGUCCCAGCAUGCCCCUGUGUCAGAUCUGCCAGUUGCUACACAGCCCCCACACGGCGCCCUGCGUUUAUCAAGACGUCGCCCAUUGGUGGGCCAAAGACACGUGCUAUAAACCACGUGACCUGCCCACUUAGUAAACACACUGCCUAAAAAUAUGUUCCAGAAUGAUCAAAUUAUGCUGCAUGUUGUUUUUUGCAGCUAAUAAAGCCAUAAUUUAUUGAAGAUUUGAAGAAAAAAAAC